AUGUAUGCCUCACUCACCUACCUUGAAGAGCGUUGGCUGACCAGAUUUCAGAUACUGUACCUUUCUAUUGUGGGGCCGCUCAUGCUGGCAGCCUUUUUUGAGUGGGUGCUCUGGCUUGCAGCGUUCGUCUACUGCCUUGUCAAAGUGUACCAGAAAGCUGACCACUGGAGUGUCCGGGUACUUGCGGUGGUGAUGAUGGUCCUCUUCAGUUUACUGCGGCAAGUGAUAUCAGCCUAUGCAUUCUCAUGGUUUGGGUUUUACUCAUUUUCAAUUCUCCUUAUCGGUCCAUGGCUCAUUUGUGUGUACCGACUUGUCACCAACUCCCUUGGAAGGACGAAAAAGAUUGACAAAAUCCUGGACGAGCGUACCGCUCCGAAAACUGUUGUUGUGAUGCCAGUCUACAAGGAGGAGCCAGAUGUUCUGAUUGCAGCGAUUAACUCUGUGGUGGAUUGCGACUAUCCUGCCGGUUGCAUCCAUGUCUUUCUCUCUUAUGACGGCGGUGGAGUGGACGAGCCAUACCUACGAGUAAUCCAGCAUCUUGGCAUUCCUGCCUCUCUCCAAGAAUACCCUCGAAGUAUCGACGUCAUUUACAAAAGCGCCCGGAUAACGGUCUCACGUUUCCCUCAUGGAGGCAAAAGAAAGUGUCAAAAGAACACGUUCAAACUGAUCGACAAAGUCUAUGCUCGGUACAUCAAGCGACACGACAAUCUUUUCUUGUUAUUCAUCGACUCCGACUGCAUCCUUGAUCGGGUCUGCUUGCAAAAUUUCAUGUAUGAUAUGGAGCUGAAGCCAGGGAGCAAGCAUACUAUGCUGGCAAUGACAGGCAUCAUUACCUCGACCACCAAGAAGAACAACAUGAUCACCAUCCUCCAGGACAUGGAAUAUAUACAUGGACAGCUCUUUGAGCGCUCUGUUGAAUCAGGCUGCGGGUCUGUGACAUGCCUCCCGGGGGCAUUGACAAUCUUGCGUUUCUCUGCCUUCCGCAAGAUGGCCAAGUAUUAUUUUUCUGAUAAGGCCGAGCAGUGUGAUGAUCUCUUUGAUUUUGGAAAGUGCCACCUUGGCGAAGAUCGCUGGCUAACCCAUCUGUUCAUGAUCGGUGCUACGAAGCCGUAUGAGAUCCAGAUGUGUAUGGGUGCUUUUUGCAAGACCGAAGCUGUGCAGACCUUCAGCACUCUCCUACAACAGCGACGUCGAUGGUUUUUGGGGUACAUUACCAACGAAGUGUGCAUGAUCACCGAUAUCCGGCUCUGGAAACGCUACCCGCUCCUAUGUCUGUUCCGUUUUAUGCAAAAUACCAUCCGGACCACUGCUCUAUUGUUCUUUAUCAUGGUUGUUUCUCUCAUGACAACCUCACAGAAAGCGGCAGACCUUCCGAUUGCUUUUAUGGGUGUCUCCCUUGGGCUAAACUAUCUGCUUAUGUUUUACUUUGGCCUCCAGCUUAAACGCUUCAAGGCCUGGCUAUAUCCGCUGAUGUUCAUUCUCAACCCUUUCUUCAACUGGGCCUACAUGGUUUAUGGGAUAUUAACCGCUGGGCAGCGCACUUGGGGUGGACCGCGCGCAGAUGCUGCCACCGCGGAUGAUCAUACAACUCCCGCCGAGGCGGUUGAGCAGGCCAAGGCACAGGGCGAUGAACUCAACGUUGACGUGAACACCUUUCGCACGUCAACGGUCUCUCGACGGAGGUCCGUCCCAGUUCGCCCCUCAAGAACCAUUGAAGGGCAAUUCGCGCCCGCUGAGAAACUUCUUGACAACAUUGAUCGCAGUACCAACGAGCCUGGUCCAUCUCAACGGCCGUUUGCAGGGCCUUUAUUCUUUCCACCUCACGCUUUUCACGACUCGGCGGAGUCGUUGUUCAGUGGGUCUUCCGAUGCUGGCUCCAAUACGAUUUCGCCGCCUCGUAAUGUGGAGAGCCUCAUGAGCGAAGAAGAUCCACGGAGUCUCUACUGUGCCCGCCGAGCUAGUGCGACAUCAAAGUGCUCGCUUAACUCCGAUGAUAAUGAACUAUACCCUGGAGCCAUUGGGAAUAACGAAAUAGAAUCCACUCCUCUAGAGCCUGUUGUCAUGAAAUCAAAUACGGGCGAUACGAAGGACUUUUGA